AUGAUUGACAAUUUCUCAGCAGCGAUUCUCGUCAUCUUUGGGCUCUUGAGACUCUUCGUACGUCAACACACUCGUCCUGCUCUUCCAUUCUUGGAAGAUGUUCGCUCCUGUAUUCUUGCCGACGCACGUCUUCCAACAAGCCUGCUAGCCAAGUUUCUCAUUCCGGUCGUUCUCUCCACGUUUCAGUCGUUCCGUGCCGGAUGCGCAUUGACCGUCCUUCUUGUUGCGAUGUGGACAGAUGACUUCCAGUACCCACCGGUCGAACCUCCCCGGGAGCGCAACAGAUUGGCUUCGUACUUCAUACGUAUUGUCUCAUAUGAGAUCAUCGUCGGUUCAAUCAUAUGGGCGCUGUUCAAUCAAAAAGAGGAUGUCUACAACACUCUGACGAUAUUCCAGAUGAUCCUCGGCUUCAACUGCUUCUGGUUUGGCUAUUAUGGGAAAGUUGAUUAUGAUGAGUUCAUGCACUUCCCUCACGGACUUCCAAACCGCAUCUUUCCCGCUUCUUCCACAUUCGACAUGCUCCACCAGAUCACCGGCCCGGACUAUCAGCACAGAAUCAUUCAAUGGAUUGGAUUUGGACUCUUGGCUGGAAAUGGAUUUGUCUACGCUUUCGUCUUUUAUGAAGUCUGCAACCUCGCAUCAAAGGCUUACACUCGCCACAGAAUCAACCUGGAAGAAGACCCAAACCAAGUCGACGACGGAAGAACUCCGCUUCUUCAAAGAUUCUAA